AUGCUGAUCACGCUGUGCUACCUGUACCUCUGGGCGCGCUGGGGGGCCGGCUGGGCCGGGCUCAUCCGACGCACCGUGCGCCGCCUGCACCGCGCGCGCUGUGCCUUCGUUUUCGGUUGCUGCAGCGGCGGCGGCGGCGCGGGCUGCCCCCCUCCCCAGCGGUGGCGGCGCAGGCAGGGGUCGCCCGGGCUGGGCGAGGAGUCCGUCUGCCUCCGGCUGGGGGACAAGGUCUUCUUCACUGAGGAGACCCCGCAGUCCCUGGAUGACUUAAACAAAUGGACUCUACUUCUCAUAUCUCCUUUUAUUUAUUCUGAUAAAAUACUUGAUGCAGACCAUAUAGCAUUUGUGACUGAGAGUGUUUCUGCCCAGGCAGAUGAUUUACAGACUAGCUUCUCAAAAAAGGUUGUAAAGUGGUCAGACUAUUGUUCACCAUUGGCCUAUAAACCUGGAGAACCUUAUAAACUAAUUGCUGAAGCAAGUGUGGAUAACUUCAGUAACCUUGGAAUAGCAUUCAUGGAAGACAGACUUCAAAUGGAUAAUGGAAUGGUGCCACGGAAGAUUGUUUCUGUCCAUUUACAGGAGUCUGCUCUAAAGGAGCUAGAGCGGAUGGCUGCACCUACAGAAGAGAAGAAUAGCACUAAUAGCGCACACAUGGAUGAAUUGACCCCUGCUCCUCCAUUUGCAACUGCAACUAAACAAGGAUCAGUGUCAGCUGAUUCUUCAGGAGGAGGUGACCAGGAGGUGAGAGAAGAGAAAUCCAGGCUGGAGAAAAGAAGUGAGCCUCAUGAUGAGCCUAACAGCCUAUCUGAAAGGGAGACAAGUACUGGUAAACAUCACCACCUGCACCUUUCCAGCUGCCACGAAUGCUUUGAACUUGAAAACAGCACCAUUGAGUCAGUCAGAUAUGCUUCAUCAGAAAACAUUCCAGAACUUCCUGAGGAUUGCAGUGCUAGCAUGGAAGAAGUUACUGGUGGCUGUCUGGUAAGAGAACUAAGAAGGAUAAACCUCACUGGGAAGCCUCCCAAUGUCUUAAUUUAUGUGGGCUCUGACCCUAUGAAAAUCAAAUUUGAGAAGAUAAAAUCAGUGCUCAAGGAGUGCAUCGAUACAGACAGCUACACCAUCUACCAGCUGGUUGAGGAACAAGUUCUGAAAGCUCCCUGGCUUGAUAACUCGUUGUUGUUGGUUAUUGCCACAGAGGAACCCAUUUCUAAGGACAAUCACAAACAGUUCCUGACCUACUUGUCAAAAGGUGGGAAGAUUUUAGGGCUUUCUGCCUCUUUUACAUUUGGCAGUAUACAGAUAAGGAGCAAAAGUGAACUGAAGAAGACCAUCCAAGAAUUAGUGUUCUAUAAAGCAGAUAACAGUGAAGUUAAAUUAAACUUUCUGACGAGUGGCAGUGUUUUUGAGCAAGAGUUUAAAGAAAAUCUCAGCCCAGUGAAGUCGUUGAGUCACUUAAAUAAUACAGAUAAAGAUAUGAUCAUUGUUCACCUGCCAUAUGGAGAUCGUGGAGGAGAAGCCAUUCUGUGUCAGAUAUACUUGGAGAUGGAUAUCGCCUCUCUGACUACACAAACCCAAGAAGAUUUUAAUUUACUCAAAAUGAGCAACGCCAAGAGAUAUGAAGUUCUUAAGGAGAUCCUGACAUUACUUGGACUGAGUUGUGAAUUAAGUGAAGUUCCUUCACUAACUCCUAUUUAUUUGCUCUCUUCUGAUGAGGAAAAUCAUAUUUCUUUUCUGAAAUGGCUUGAAAAAAAAGUAGAUGUUGAAGGAUUAAUAAAAUCCAGCAAGAUGACCCUUAAAUUUGUCUCAUCUUACAAGCCGGAGAUGGAAAUAACACAAUCUCUCAUACCAGUCGUCACUGUGGGAGGCUUCUCAUCUGAACACUUCAGCCUGCAGACAUAUCAACACAAUCUGCAAACAAAGAAGCUUGGGAAGAUUGUUCUGUUUGCUGAAGUCACAUCAACAACAAUGAAUCUUCUUGAUGGGUUGAUGUUCAAUUUGCCUCAGGAAAUGGAUUUAAUAGCAAUUGCAGUUCGACAAACACAAGGGAAAGGUCGUGGUGGAAAUGUCUGGCUCAGUCCUGUGGGAUGUGCUCUAUCAACAUUACAUGUUUCCAUUCCUUUGUGUUCCCAGCUGGGACAGAGAAUUCCUUUUAUUCAGCACCUGGUGUCCCUGGCUGUGGUGGAAUCCGUUAGAUCAGUACCUGGAUAUCAGGAUAUUGACCUGCGAGUGAAGUGGCCAAAUGAUAUUUACUACAGUGACCUCAUGAAGCUUGGUGGGGUUCUGGUAAAUUCUACACUUAUGGGAGACACAUUUCACAUACUUAUUGGCUGUGGAUUUAAUGUGAAUAAUAGCAAUCCCACCAUAUGCAUCAAUGAUCUCAUCAUGGAGUACAAUAAGAAAAAUAUGACAAAACUAAGGUCCUUAACAGUAGACUACCUGAUUGCUAGGAGUGUAACUGUGCUGGAAAGACUGAUAGACAUAUUUCAGGAAAAAGGACCUGAUGGAGUUCUUCCCUUAUAUUAUAAAUACUGGAUACAUGCUGGUAGGCACGUCCGUCUCUGGAGUGAAGAGGGCCCAUUAGCAUGGAUAGUUGGAAUAGAUGAUUGUGGAUUCCUUCAAGUUCAUGAGGAAGGCAAAGGUGUAGAGUCUGUGCACCCAGAUGGCAACUCAUUUGACAUGCUGAAAAACCUUAUUAUCUCAAAGCAGGAGUAGACCUUAGAGUUGUUGAAAAAGCUGCUCUAAGAAGAUUGUUCAGUAUUCAGCACCUAGCAGCUGA